AUGUUCCAAGGCAGUCGUGCCAUUCUGGGCUACCGCCGUGAGCGAGACCUCCUCAUCAGACAGGUCGAAUCCUACAUUGAGAUUCUGCGAUCCAAGCCUACGGGGAACCACCUGGUCGAGGUCACACUGAAUAUCCGAGGCCUGGCCAUGCAAGCUAACAAGGUGAAAUGGGCUGCUGAAACCCUCGCCGUUGAUGCCAAGGAUAUGAAGUAUGUGACCUCCAAAUCCAUUGGCUUCUUCUCGCAUACCAUCCCAGCCCGUUGCAACAGACUUAGUGCAGAUGCCAACAUACCUACAAAACCAUUCAACAAGCUUAAUCAAACCCUCAUCUCACGAUUCCGCCAAGCACGCGAAAAUCUCAUCAACCUGCUUGACCAACAAGCCACAUUCUUACGCUUGGAUCUCGAAGCCCGCCAGUAUGUCAUUCCCUGUCUCCGUCGUCAAAUCCCCCAAUAUAUCGACAUCCUCGUCACCAUGUCAAUCAUGAUUUCCAACCGAUCCCGCCACCACCCAUACGUCCUUUUCCGGCGUAACUUAUACGGCGCCAUGUCUCUAAUGUACAACCCCUGCCGCUCAACCUACGUAGCCCGCUUCAAGGAAGAGCGCGCUGCACUGCGGUCUCAGCUCCGUGUCAAUGCCAAUGCGCUGAGAGCUUGUCCUCAGACCAAUGAGGAGGGAUUGGUUGCUUCGCGCCGGGUUUCGGUUGCGUUGUGUGGCCUUGUGCCGAGGGUUUAUUGUUUGAAGAAUGCGGCUGUGGAUAUGGAUGUAAAGACGAGGGGGAAUCCGUUUGUUCUGGCGAAACCGUAUGCUUUUUAUAGUCAUGAUGUGCCGCCGAGAUGUAUGGAUAUCGUGGCUAGUUUGCUUCAUUGGGCGGAUAUGCUGGUUAAUAGGGAUGGGCGACGGACAGAUGGUAUUGUUAUUGAGAGUAUUGAGUACAUGCUGGAUCAUAUGGAGUUCUGA